UGCUUCUACUUGUUGUUUGGAUGGUGGAAAGUUUGUGGCUGAGGAGGAAGAGGAAAAGCUUCGGUUUUUCUAUUUACUCCUACAUUUUCUCGGCAUCCAAACAGAUCUUUUUUAUUUUUCGUUUAGUGGGUUUUGAUUUUGAGCUGCCUGUGAUCGCUAUUUGGUAAGUGGGAGAAAAAAAGGAGGAAGCUUUGGGAAUUCUCGCAUUUUCUUGGCAGCCAAACAGAACCACUGAUGCCGAAAAGCAAAAAAGAUAUUGAAAUCCGUGCAGUAUUACAUUAUAUUAUAUUAGAAUUGAUUUUUUUCGGUACGAGUGGUUUAUGGAUUAAUGGGAUUGCAGUGGCACUUUGGUUCUGUGGAACUAGCACCUAAAGAGCAAGAGGGCUCUGAUUUGGGAGAUUGCUUGUUCAUCAAACUUCUGCAUUGGCCAUGUCUGGUAACCCGAAAGUUGUAAACGCGUUUCGUGUGACGAGGGCCUUGGGGAUUCCUGAUGCAGAGAUCAAACCGGUCCUGAAGGGUUUGCUGCGAAUGUAUGAUAAAAAGUGGGAGCUUAUAGAAGAAGACAACUACAGGACUCUUAUAGAUGCAUACUUUGAGUCUAAGGAAAACAAGGGAAAAGAAGAGAAAAGAGAAGCUGCUACAGAGCUUGAUGGGUAUGAAAGACCAGGAAAAAGGCUGCAUUUGGCCAAUGGCAGAGCUGCUGUGGACCAAGAUCAUGGAAGCAGAACCAUGGAGUCACCCAAACAGUGUUUAACCAAUGGCAGAGCUGGAUGUAGUUCUCAACACCCCCUCAAACAGCCCAAUGACAGAGGAAAGAAACCAAUUGCACCUCAUUUGGUCUCUGGAGAUAGAAAAAUUUCAAUUCGUAAUCACAAGAAAGACUUGGUGAUUCCAAAAACAGAGGAAGGCACAGAUAGCAUUUCAUCUUCUUUCGAAUGUGCAGUACCGGUGAGACGUCCAGCUCUUCCAGAUUUGUCUCGAGGUUCAACUGGGGGUAACUCUGGAUCAUCCUCUACUGAAGUGGGUAGAAGUGCUUGUGACCUCACUUGUGGGGGUAACCAUGUUUCAAGACCGAAGAAUCGGCAAUGUGGAACAGAACAUUCACAAGCUGAUUUAAAUGGUGUGGAUUCAAGCUGUCCCAUCACUCAUGAGGGCAGGAAGCCAGUCAAUUUUUUCCAUGACAUUACGAAAUCUAUGGAGAAAGUGAAAAUAUCAUUGGUAGAUGAAACUGGAAAUGAGUGCCUGCCAAAGUUCAAUUAUAUACCAAACAAUAUUAUCUACCAAAAUGCAAAUGUGAAUAUCUCACUAGCUCGGAUUUCAGAUGAAGAUUGCUGCACUGACUGCUCUGGAGAUUGUCUUUCAGCGGCAAUACCAUGUGCAUGUGCUCGUGAAACUGGUGGGGAGUUUGUUUACACACCACAAGGCCUCCUAAAAGAAGAUUUUUUAGCAGCUUGUGUCAAGGAACCGGAAGAGCACAACUUUGUUUAUUGUCAAGACUGUCCAAAUGAGAGGUCCAAGAACGAGUACUACCCUGAAAAAUGCAAAGGUCACCACAUCAGGAAGUUUAUAAAAGAAUGCUGGAGAAAAUGUGGAUGUGACUUGUCGUGUGGAAAUCGGGUAGUGCAAAGGGGCAUUUCUUACAAGUUACAGGUAUUCGUGACUCCUGAAGGGAAGGGCUGGGGUGUUAGGACAUUAGAGGUCUUGCAGAAGGGAACAUUUGUCUGUGAAUAUGUUGGGGAGAUACUGACCAACACCGAAUUAUACGAGAGAAAUAACCAAAGCAGUGGAGCUAAGAGACAUACCUACCCCGUAUUGCUAGACGGAGAUUGGGGCUCAGAGCAAAUUUUGAAGGAUGAUGAUGCCCUUUGUCUUGAUGCAACAUCUCAUGGUAAUGUUGCCAGAUUUAUCAAUCAUAGAUGCUCUGAUGCAAACUUGAUUGAUAUCCCAGUUCAAGUGGAGACUCCUGACCGUCACUACUAUCACCUUGCCUUUUUUACUACCAGGAAAGUGAAUGCAUUUGAAGAGCUGUCGUGGGAUUAUGGUAUUGACUUUGAUGAUCAUGGACACCCUAUAGAGGCGUUUUCGUGUAAUUGUGGUAGUGUAGCUUGCCGGGGAAAGAAACAGAACGGACGGAAAGAACGCAGAGGGAAAAGAUUGGUGUUGGGAUAGCGGAUGAUGACUGUCACUGGUACCGAGAACCAGCAGCUGAUCAUUCUAGUAUGGCAGUGCUUCCUUCCGAGCUCCGAAACUGGGGAAUUUUGUGUUGGAGGAGGAAAAUGUAAGCAGAACGUUGGAGACGAACUUUUGUAGAAGCUGUAGUAGAAGCAGUGUUUUAAACACCGGAUGAUAUUAUUUAGGUUUUUUCUUUUUACUUUUUUGAACAAACGAUAUUAUCUGCAGUAAGAAUCUCUUACUUAUAAGUAAA